GCCGACCCUGCUGCACCGGACCUAUGCAAAUGGCAUGCUACUCGACUUUCAAUCCACGCUUAGAAUAGUUUUAUGAUGGGUUGAUUGAAUCUGAAUUGCAUGAUAGUAGCAAGAAUCCACUUCUAUCCAAAGCAGACAGCUCAGCUACGCCACAGCAUUCGAGAGUGCACAAGCCUCGGUCAACGAAAUCACCGCUCUGCGAGUUGCUUCCCCUGGUGAAGCCUGUGACUUGAGAAUCGAGUCAUUCGAGUUCCCCGCUGUUGCCCAUUGUUCCGCCCAGUUCUCGUUCAAUCUCAACUUGGAGCUUUCCAGAGCUUUCCGUUGCAAUUAUGAGACUACCAAAGCAGAAUCAAGUGUACCUUGCGCAGUCAACUGGAAUACCUUCAACGAGCGACAGGAAUUCAAGCCAAGAUAUCUCAGAAUCCAAGAGCCACAAGUUCACAAGUACCCGGCUCUUGGGAAGCUAUGAGAAGCCCUGGCUUCAAGAUGGGUCAUACAAAGCUCGAGAGAAAAUGGAAAGGGGAAUUUUGUUGCUCUGUACCUGCAUAGGUGUUGCUAUUGCAAUCAUAAUAUGUGGGACGCAAUGGAGCUCCGUGGUUGUUGUUGACUACUGCCUCAUCCUUGAUGAUAACUUCAAAAUCUUCAAUGAAUCCGCCUGGAGCAGAGAAGUCAAUACUGGAGGCUUUGGAUAUGGCUCGUUCGACUGGACCACCGAUGACCCGAAGAACUCGUACGUAUCGGACGAUGGGCUUCACAUUACUCCCACCUUGACGCUGGGUUCUACGAAUAUUACUGCAGAUCAACUUGAAAACGGUUACUUACUGAACACAACUGCGGAUGGAACCUGCACAUCGCCACUUCUGGGAUCGUGCGUCAAACUCAGCAAUUCUAAGAACGGCACAAUCAUAAAUCCAGUCCGCUCCGCACGUUUGACAACAGCUGGAAAGGUGGCAAUCAAGUACGGCAAGGUAGAAAUCGUUGCAAAGAUGCCCGCGGGAGAUUGGCUUCUGCCCAUGCUAUGGAUGUAUCCCGAGAAGGAAACCUACGGUGUCUGGCCUCGCAGUGGAGAGAUCGACAUCGCCCAAAUCCGAGGAAACGACCCGAAACACUACUCGGGCGGCCGCGACACCGUGACUUCAGCACUGCAUUGGGGCGUGCGGCAAAACCUCGAUCAAAGCGAUCGAACAACAGGAGAAUUCGUUCGGCGUCGCUAUGACCUAGCGCAAGGAUUUCAUACCUAUGGUCUUGAAUGGACUGAGACAAAGCUUUAUACUUGGAUCGACGACGAGAACUACAAGAUUGAGCAGACGGGGUGGGUUUCCAGGCCCAUCAACAUUUGGUCGUCGACGGGAGCGUACAAUACUCCUUUCGACCAACCCUUCCACCUUAUAAUGAACGUUGCGGUCGGCUCCUCUAAUGGGUUCUUCAAGGAUGGAAAGGGUGGCAAGCCGUGGGUCGACAAUUCCACGACCGCGAUGCGCGAUUUCUGGGUUGCGAACUCGACGUGGUUGCCGAGUUGGGGCGAGGACGCUGACACGCAUUCGAUGACCGUGAAGUCGGUGAAGAUAUGGCAACAGGGGAAGUGUGGGAAGUAA